AUGCCGAUCGAAUCGCCUCAUCCUAGUAUUACGAUCCCAGCUGUCGAUAUUUGGUCACUCUUCCUCGAACGACCUGAUCGCCCCUACCCUGAUAACCAUGUACUAUUCGUAGAUGUCGUCACAAAUCAAAAGCUCACAUACUCUCAACUCCGAUGGAGUGCUGAACGUUUCGGGAGCGGCCUACAGGAACAAUGGGGCUGGCGCAAAGGCGACGUUCUGGUCACAAUGACGCCAAAUCAUAUCGAUAUCGUGCCCGCUAUCUUCGGAACACAACUUGUAGGAGGCGUUGUGUGUCCUCUUAACUUCAUGUACACGGUCGAUGAGCUGGUAUCCCAAUUGACGUCUUCAAAAGCCAAGGGACUGUUGACAAACACGACAUGCCUUGAUGUAGCAUGUAAAGCGGCAUCAAAAGUCGGACUUCCUCUUGAUCGUAUCCUUUUGGUUGGAAAUUGCAAACCAACGACAACAGCUGUUCGGCACUUCUCGACUUUGAAGAGCUCGUCAAGUGUGAAGCCAGUCACGAUCGAUCCCAAAGAAGAUCUGGCGUAUCUGGUGUACUCGUCCGGAACCACGGGCGUUCCAAAGGGUGUUAUGUUGACUCACGAAAACAUCAUCGCAAACACUGUCCAAAAGCUUGCAGCAGAUGGCCGUGGUCCGGAUUGGAGGACAGAUAAGAGUAUUGGCUUUCUACCCAUGUACCACAUCUACGGCAUCGCCGCCCUGAUAUUGGCACCUGUCUUCUAUGGUUCCACCGCGUAUGUCAUGCAAGGUUUCGACCUUCAAAAGUUCUGCGAGGCGGUACAGAAAGAGAAAAUCACCAUAGCAUGGAUUGUUCCACCUGUCGCAUUGGCAUUGGCAAAGGCGCCGAUAGUGGACCAGUACAACCUCAAGUCGCUACGUGACCUGCACUCUUCCGCCGCUCCAGCGCCAUUGGAGAUUAUCACCGCAGUGAACAAGCGCAUCGACGCUCCUGUCCGGCAGGCUUACGGUCUCUCCGAAGCCGCACCAGCUGUAUGCUCACAACGCAUUGAAGACUGGGACAAACCAAUGGGUACAUCCGGACGUUUGUUACCCAACAUGUCAGCGAAGCUGGUGAAGGAUGGAAAAGAAGUGGACGCUGGCACCGGAGAUGGCGAACUGUGUCUCAAGGGCCCAAAUAUCUUCAAGGGAUACUACAACAAUCCCGAAGCUACCGCUGGAGCCUUCGAUGCGGAUGGGUGGUAUCACACUGGCGACGUUGGGAAGUUUGAUAGGCAUGGAAAUCUGUUCAUCACCGAUCGCCUCAAGGAACUCAUCAAGUACAAUGGCUUCCAGGUCGCGCCCGCAGAGCUCGAAGCACUCUUGCUUGGUCAUCCAGCUGUCGCCGAUGUAGCUGUUAUUGGCGUUUAUGAUGCAUCGCGAAUAACAGAGUUACCAAGAGCGUACAUUGUUGCAGCGCCAGGAUACAACGGUAAUGAGAAGCUGGAGGGUGAGAUGCACGAAUGGUUCAAUAAGCGCGUAGCGCCGCAUAAGAAGCUCAGAGGUGGUAUACGGUUCGUAGAAGCAGUGCCAAAGAGCAAUGCAGGCAAGAUACUGAGGAGAGUACUUGUCGAACAAGCUAAGGAGGAGGACACGGAGAAGGCUGUCAAAGCUCGCUUGUAG